AUGGCUGAUAUUUUUUCUUCCGUUCGGGUUUCAAGUGCAACAUCCACCUUUGUUAUGAUGUUUUCCUCUUCAAUGUCUGUGGUUGAAUAUUACCUUUCAAAACGUUUUCCAGUUCCAUAUGCUCUUUACCUGGUUGCUGUUGCCACUGUUCCUGCGUUUAUUGGCCAACACGUCUUGAGGAAGGUGAUUAUUAUGGUGGGACGGGCAUCAAUAAUCAUCUUUGUUCUAGCAUUCGUAAUCUUUGUGAGUGCCAUCUCUCUAGGUGGUGUUGGCAUUUCAAACAUGAUUGGAAAGAUUGAGAGGCAUGAAUAUAUGGGAUUUGAAAACCUCUGCAAGUAUGAAGUUUAA